GCCGGGUGCUAGCCGGUGGCCGGAGACAUGGCGGGCGGGGAAGAGCGCGGGGACGGGGAGCCGGUAUCCGUGGUGACCGUGAGGGUGCAGUACCUGGAAGACACCGACCCCUUCGCCUGUGCCAACUUCCCGGAGCCGCGCCGGGCCCCCACCUGCAGCCUGGACGGGGCGCUGCCCCUGAGUGCGCAGAUACCUGCGCUGCACCGACUGCUGGGGGCGCCUCUGAAGCUUGAGGACUGUGCCCUGCAGGUGUCUCCCUCUGGAUACUACCUGGACCCUGAGCUGUCCCUGGAAGAGCAACGGGAGAUGCUGGAGAGCUUCUAUGAGGAGAUCAGCAAAGGACGGAAGCCCACACUGAUCCUGAGGACACAGCUCUCUGUGAGAGUCAAUGCCAUCUUGGAAAAGUUGUAUGGCUCCAGUGGUCCUGAGCUCCGACGCUCCCUGUUCUCACUGAAGCAGAUCUUCCAGGAAGACAAGGACCUGGUGCCUGAAUUUGUGCACUCAGAGGGGCUGAGUUGCCUGAUCCGUGUGGGUGCUGCUGCUGAUCACAACUACCAGAGCUACAUCCUUCGAGCAUUAGGCCAGCUGAUGCUCUUUGUGGACGGGAUGCUGGGGGUGGUAGCCCACAGUGAGACAGUGCAGUGGUUGUAUACACUGUGUGCCAGCCUGUCCCGUCUGGUUGUGAAGACAGCCCUCAAGCUGCUUUUGGUGUUUGUGGAAUAUUCUGAGAACAACGCACCGCUGUUCAUCCGGGCAGUCAACUCUGUGGCCAGUACCACCGGCACUCUUCCCUGGGCCAAUCUGGUGUCCAUCCUGGAAGAGAAGAAUGGAGCUGACCCAGAGCUGUUGGUGUACGCUGUCACCCUCAUCAACAAGACUCUGGCAGCACUCCCAGACCAGGACUCCUUCUAUGACGUGACAGAUGCCCUGGAGCAGCAGGGCAUGGAGGCACUGGUCCAGCGCCACCUGGGUACUGCUGGCACUGAUGUGGACCUGCGAACCCAGCUUAUGCUCUAUGAGAGUGCCCUGCGGUUGGAGGAUGGAGACACGGAAGAAGCUACAGCCGCAGGUGGCCGACGGGAGCGGAGGAAGCCAUCCUCAGAGGAAGGAAAGAGGAGCCGCAGGUCAUUGGAAGGUGGGGGCUGUCCUGUGCGUGCCCCAGAACCUGGCCCUACAGGCCCCGCCUCCCUCACCAGCCCCACCUUGCUGACAAGUCCUGCCUCCAGCCACUCUGGCCUGGCCUCUGGAACCCGUACCUCAGUGAGCCUCUUUCCUGUCAUCUCUGUGGCACCCUCAGCUGACAGCUCCUGUGAGAGAAGCAUCUACAAAGCCCGGUUCCUGGAGAAUGUGGUGGCAGCAGAAACAGAGAAGCAGGCGGCAUUGGCCCAGGGCCGGGCAGAGGCACUGGCCGGGGCCACAAUGGAUGAUACUGAUGGGUUGGCAGGCACCAGGGAGCUCUGGGACUCCCCUGAGCCAACCUCUGCACCCAGAACACCCCAGAGCCCUGUCUCCCGAAUCCUGCUACGGACUCAACGGAGCCUUGAGCCAGAGCCAAAGGAGCCACUGGCACCACCAAGUCCCAAGGCUGAGCCUACCCUGGAUCUCCCUCCCCGUGUACCCAAGCUCUGUAUUGGAGACCUGGACUUUUCAGAUCUGGGAGAGGAUGAAGACCAAGACAUCCUAAGUGUGGAGUCCAUGGAAUCUGGAAAAGGAAUUUCACUUUCACUGCUUCCACCACCUCUGCCCUCUGGAGGCCCUCCACCUCCACCCCCACCUCCUCCACUCGUUUUAGGUUCUUGUCCACCACCUCCACCCCCACCACCCCCACCUAUCUUAGGCUCCUGCCCACCACCUCCACCCCUGGCUGCCCCUCUCCCCCCCACAGCACUUGAUGGCCCAGCCCUCCCUGCCAAGAGGAAAACAGUAAAACUCUUCUGGCGCGAGCUAAAGCUGGCCGGGGGCCCUAGGCGCUCUGGAAAGCACUUUGGGCCUAGCCCCACCUUAUGGGCCUCCCUGGAGCCUGUCUCAGUGGACACAGCCCGGCUGGAACAUUUGUUUGAGUCUCGGGCCAAGGAUGUGCUGCCCUCCAAGAAAGCUGGCGAGGGCCGCCGGACAAUGACCAUGGUGUUGGACCCUAAGCGCAGCAAUGCCAUCAACAUUGGCCUAACCACCUUGCCACCUGUACAUGUUAUUAAGUCUGCCCUGCUCAACUUUGAUGAGUUUGCUGUCAGCAAGGAUGGUAUUGAGAAGUUGCUGACCAUGAUGCCCACGGAUGAGGAGCGGCAGAAGAUUGAGGAAGCCCAGCUGGCCAAUCCUGAUAUUCCCUUGGGCCCAGCUGAGAAUUUUCUGAUGACUCUUGCUUCCAUUGGGGGCCUAGCUGCACGCCUCCAACUCUGGGCCUUCAAGCUGGACUAUGACAGCAUGGAGCGGGAAAUUGCAGAGCCAUUGUUUGACCUGAAAGUGGGCAUGGAACAGCUGGUGCACAAUGCCACCUUCCGCUGCAUCCUGGCUACCCUGUUGGCUGUGGGCAACUUCCUCAAUGGCUCCCAGAGCAGUGGCUUUGAGCUGAGCUACCUGGAGAAGGUGUCAGAGGUGAAGGAUACCGUGCGCCGGCAGUCACUGCUGUACCAUCUCUGCUCCUUGGUGCUCCAGACCCGGCCUGAUUCCUCCGACCUGUACUCAGAAAUCCCUGCUCUGACUCGCUGUGCCAAGGUGGACUUCGAGCAGUUGACUGAGAACUUGGGGCAGCUGGAGUGCCGGAGCCGGGCAGCUGAAGACAGUCUAUGGAGCUUGGCCAAGCAUGAGCUGCCACCAGCUCUACGUGCCCGCCUUACUCAUUUCCUGGCCCAGUGUACUCGCCGUGUUGCCAUGCUGAGGGUAGUGCACCGUCGGGUCUGCAACAGGUUUCAUGCCUUCCUGCUCUACCUGGGUUACACUGCCCAAGCAGCCCAGGAAGUGCGCAUUAUGCAGUUCUGCCACACACUGCGAGAGUUUGCACUCGAGUACCGGACCUGCCGGGAACGGGUACUACAGCAGCAGCAGAAGCGGGCUACGUACCGCGAGCGCAACAAGACCCGGGGCCGCCUGAUCACUGAGACGGAGAAGUUCUCAGGUGUGGCUGGGGAAGCCCCCAGUAAUCUUUCCAUCCCAAUGGCUGUGGGCAGUGGCCCAGGCCGGGGUGACGCCGACAGUCACGCUAGUAUGAAGAGCCUGCUUAACAGCAGGACUGAGGACAUGACACAUGGCCGCCGUAGCAGAGGCAUGGUUCAGAGCAGUUCCCCAGUUUCACACACAGCAGUGGAGCCCUCCACUGCACCUCCUGAGGAAACCCCAGGCUCCAACGUACCCAGUGACACCUCUGAUGAGAUCAUGGAUCUGUUGGUACAGUCGGUGACCAAGAGCAGUCCUCGAGCCUUAGCUGCUCGGGAAAGGAAGCGGUCCCGUGGCAACCGCAAGUCUUUGAGACGGACAUUGAAGAGUGGACUUGGAGAUGACCUAGUGCAGGCACUGGGAUUGAGUAAAGCUCCUGGCCUAGAGGUGUGAAGGUGCUGCCGCCAAGAAAACUGUCUGGAUCGCAGCAUGUAAUGCAAGAGACUACAGCAAAGAGGGCAUAGAGUAGAAGUCUGGUCCCAGAAGCCUAUGCCCAGGAACCAGUACCUUGAGCAGUAUUAGGGUGUGUGGGUGUGUGUGUGUGCGUGUGCGUGUGUGUGGGUGUGUGUGUGUGCACGUGUGCGUGCACGCGCACUCCCUAGUCAGGGAGCAAAAUAAACUUUCUUAGAUAAUCCA